AAAAGAUUUUCGAUAUUUACCCAUGUGGCUGCUCUUCAUUUCUCUGUAUUGAUCCAUAUUUCCACCUGGUAUCAUUUUCCUUCUGCCUAAAGGACCUCUUUUAACCUUUCCUGUAGUGCAGGUCUGCUGGUAAUGAAUUCCUGCAGCUUUCAUAUGUCUGAAAACAAAACCUUUAUUUCACCUCUGUUUAGAAGGAUACUUGUGCUGGUUAUGGAAUUCUAGUUAACAUGUUUGAUUUUUUUCAUGCAUUGCUUUAAAGAUGCUCCCCUGCUGUCUUGCUUGCAUUUUUUUCGGUGGGAAAUCUGCUGUCAUCCUGUAUUCAUUUCUCCCUUUGGCCACUUUUAAGAUUUUCUCUUUAUAAUUGAUUUUGAGCAAUUUGAUUACGAUGUUCCUUGGUGUAGUUUUCUUCAUGUUUCUUGUGCUUUGGAGUUGAUUGAACUUAUUGGAUCUGUGAGUUUAUAGUUUUUAUCAAAUUUGGGAAAAUAUUGGCCAUUAUUUCUUCAAAUAUUUUUUUCUGUUCUGCCUUCCAUCUCUUCUCUCUGAAGCCGAUCUUUGUCUGGCUCAGGAGGCAGUGUAUGUGUCCAUAUUUGCUUGGGGAAAAAGCAUAUGUAGUUUUGUUUUGUUUAUCUUAGGUCCAGGAGCCAACCCAGGGCAUUCUUGUUGGGGCUGCAGUGGCGGAAGGGAGCCCAGUGGGGGCGCCCUCCCGAGGCACUAUUUCCCACGCUGACUACCCAGUCCUCUGGCUGUUGAUGUCAUGAGUAACACCACAGUCCCAAUGUCCCCCCAGGUCAACAGUGACUCCAUGGGGGGCCGUGUGUGGGAGCCUUUCUUCCUCAUCACCCUGGUUGGGGCAGUAGGGGCUGUGGUAAUGUACAUCCAGAAGAAAAAGCAGGGGGAUCGGCUUCAUCAUCACCUGCUCCCCGUGUGCAGCUACAGCCCUGCUGAGAAGCUACACGAGGUUGAGCAGGAGUUCCUCUCUGGCGUGGGAAAGGUGGUACAUGGCUGGCAGAGUGGCUACCAGCUCAAGCAAAUGCUCUUGCUGGUGUCAAGACACGACCUGACCCCCUUACCCUGAUCUUCAGAACUUUCUGGGCCUGGAGCGCCCAAGAACCUGUGAGCUGCUGCUUCCCACUCCAGCUUGCACUCAUCCAGCGCUCCCUGCCGGAUACUGGGUGUCCAUUCCUCCUCCCACCCGUUCCCAGCAGCAUCUGUUUCAUAAGCCCCAGCAGAGCAACCAGUUCCCCCCUUCACCUCACUCCCCUCUAGGCCUUCAGUCUUUGUGGGCUCUAAGCCCACCACACGCUCCCCGGUGCUAAUGGGAAGUUUUCAUUUUGAAGUGGAAGGUUGGCCAAGAGACAGAGCUCUGCCCUUUCUAUGGGCAUCACUUUUGCUAGCCCUCCCUGCCUUUGCUUUGCAGUUGUUUCCAUGGUGAUAGGGCCUGAUGUAUAAUAUUCAGUACAUAUGUUUUGUAAAUAAAGCAUUUUGUGGAAAAAAAGAUCUUAGAGUAAGAUAGGUUUUGGAAAAACAUAUAAAUAGCAUGUAAACAACAGCCAUUAAAAAAAGGAGAAAAGAAGAAAAAUGAUAGAUACAUAUGAAAGCAGAAAAUGUUUAAACACUGGCAAAAAAAAAGAACAUACCCUGAAGAAAAUCAAAAGAUAAAUGACAAAAAGAGAGAACACAAAUGCAAUACAGGUAACAAAGAGGUAAUUACCUUAAUACACAAGACAACAUUUACAAAUAAAUAAGAUAAAGAUAGAAAGAAAAAGGAAGAAAGAAAGAAAGAAAAAGGAAGAAAGAAAGAAAGAAAAGAAAAAAGAAGAAAGGAGCAAAAUAUAAAAUGGUACUUCACAGAGAAAAAUGGCUGAGAAACAUGUAAAUGUGCUCAUCAUUACUAAUUUUAAAGACAUGCCUAUCGCAUAUACCAUUCCCCCACGCCCCACCCCAAAAGCUUGGCAGAGAUUAAAAACUUGGAAGUGACCCACCCUUAACGUUUGCAGGGUUAAAGCAACAAUACAAAUGCAACAGACAAACUACAAGUAAACCAUCAAAUAUUUUUUUCUCUUACCUUAACUAAUAUAUAUCAUUCAUAAUCUGAAAGGCCAGGUUCAAGUUUAGACUUCUUACACUCCUCAGACUUCUGCACCAAAGAUGGCACCCAGCCCCUAGUUCAUAGCUGCCCCUUCUUUUCCCACCCCAGCUCCAUCCUCCACUGUGAGAUGCCUUACGCUGUGUGUGUGUGUGUGUGUGUGUGUGUGUGUGUGUGUACGUGUACACCCAGCCCACACAUCCAAGCUCCCUCUACACUCCAUAUAUGGUUACCCCUUGGCCACCUUAGGGCCUAAGGAUGAAUGUAUCAGCCAUAUGCAUUCUGGAGGAUGGAUCUGGGAAGAGGCCUAUGCAGUCCCCAGAGGUAGGCUUAGGGCUCUUUGGGAAAGAAAUUCUAGGGUCUCAG